GAUCGCGUGAGCUCAAAAAAACUUAGCUUUAAUAACUAAGGACACGCCUAUAUUAUAAAAUGGCGUCCAAAUAGUAGGCCACGUUUAAGCACAUGGAGGGAGACACUGUUGAUGUAGAAGAGGAUGGAGGUGGCUAUACUUGGGAAGGAGAGUACGAGAGACCAUGGGAAGCCAUUCAAGAGGAUAUCGAGGGACACAUUUUAGCUCCAGACGAUGAUUUUAUGUACAAAACAAAGCGAAGAAAGUUGUUUAAUCAUGAGAGUGGUGUGAAGCUUGGAAUAAUGAGGCACAUUUUAAUUGUGGUCGAUUCCACUCAAUCAAUGAAUGACAAAGAUCUCAAGCCUAAUAGAUUUACUUGCACUAAAACAGUCUUAAAGAAAUUUCUUGAUGAGUUUUUUGACUUCAAUCCAAUAUCACAAGUUGGACUGAUAUUAAUGUCUGAUGGACUCUCCCUCCCUCUCCCCUCUCUCUCCUCAGGUAAUGUCAGUGUUCAUAAAAGAGCUCUUGAUACUGAUGUUGAAUGCAGUGGAGAGUGUUCGUUACAGAAUGCAAUGGAGCUCUCACUUAGAAUGUUAAGACAUAUUCCUACUCAUGCCAGUCGUGAAGUUAUCAUCAUUCAUGGCUCCUUAACCUCUUGCGAUCCUGGGAAUAUAUUUUCAACAAUAAAUGAUUUCAACCAGCAGAACAUUAGAUGCUCAGUAAUUGGCUUAGCUGCCAGUGUCAAGUUAUGUCACACAAUAUGCGAGAGAACUUCUGGUGUGUAUCAAGUUAUACUCGAUGAGGUACACUUUAGAGAUUGCCUAUUGCAGCAUUGCAGACCGCCCGGCGUUAAGGCUUCAACCGAGACUGCUCUAAUUAAAAUGGGUUUCCCUCAACAUAAAACUGUGGCCUCACUAUCAAUUUGUGUGUGUCAUUUGGACUCGAAAUCAAAAGACUGUCUUUCUACAAGCGGCUACAGAUGUCCACAGUGUCAAUCCAAAUAUUGUGAGCUGCCAGUUGAAUGCGUCACAUGUGGAAUCACUUUAGUAUUGGCUCCACAGUUGGCUAGAUCAUAUCAUCAUUUGUUUCCAUUGAAAAUGUUCAUAGAAUCAACGGCCUCCCAGGUCUACGUUUGUCCCUCAUGUAGACACAGUUUCUGUAUAGAUUGUGAUCUCUAUUGUCACGAGACACUCCACAAUUGUCCCGGUUGUGAAAACUCUCUUAGAACACAAUAAUAAUAUUUAUUAUUAUUAUGGUGCAGGAGAGAGAGGAGGAGGAGGAGGGAGAGGUGUACAUAUAUGUGUACAUAGUAACAUUUAAAAUUAUAGUCUAUAGUUACACUAUCCAUUCAUCCGUGUGUACAUAAUUGAUGUAUUGUGUCAAAGACACACACAUUCAACAUUAUUAUGUCAAGAAUGCCUUAUGUGUCCUUGUUAUGAGCCAAUUUCUUAUGUGUGUUAUGUACAUUGUGUGUAUAUAUACGCUUGAUUUUCUGUUCUGAUUGAGUUACUGCUAACUCACUGUGAUUAUUAACCUUUCCUGUUUUUUGUUUGUCCUUUGCAGUAUAAUGACUGGUCAUGUUUUCUUAGUUGAAAUCAUAACCUUCCCUGA